AUGAAGAUUUACUUCAUUACGAGUAAUAAUUUAAAUUGUGUGGUGGUAGUCGCUGCCAGUUUCUGAGCGAGUGAGUUUCUACCAUUAUCCAAAAUGAUUCCGGUGCUUUUGGCGUUUAUAGCGCUUUUUUAUGGAGCGUACUAUUAUUUUACAAAGAAUUUGGAUUAUUGGAAGAAAAAAGGCGUGGCGGGACCAAAACCCAUACCUUUCUUCGGAAAUUGCUAUGAAUCAUUUAUAAGGCGAAAAUUUGUGGGCGAUGUUAUCGAGGAGGUCUAUAAUGAUUAUCCAGAAGAGAAAGUAGUGGGUUGCUAUACAAUGAUAACGCCUGUAUUACUAAUAAGAGAUUUGGAUUUGAUAAAGCAUGUUAUGAUAAAAGAUUUUGAUGUAUUUUCGGACCGUGGACUUGAGUUCAGUAAGGAGGGCUUAGGAGCUAAUAUGUUCCAUGCCGAUGGAGACACAUGGCGGGUAUUGAGAAACCGUUUCACUCCCCUGUUUACAUCGGGCAAAUUGAGGAACAUGACGUACCUCAUGACAAACGUAGCAGAUAAAUUCUUAACAUACGUGGACACGCUUGUGAGCAAACAACCAGAACAAAAUUUCCAUAACCUUAUUCAAAAAUACACAAUGAGUACUGUUGCAUCUUGCGCUUUCGGAAUCGAGACAAAUAUGAGUGACGAUGCUUUGAUAGACCGUGUAACAUCAUUUGAUAAUCUUAUAUUUCAAAUAAAUUACUUCCAAGAAUUUGAUAUGAUGUAUCCUGGGGUUCUAUUAAAAUUGAAUAUGUCUAUAUUCCCAAAAGAAAUUAAAAACUUUUUCAAUGAUUUAUCUAAACAAAUAAUAAAUGAAAGGAAUGGUGCCCCGAUUGGAAGAAAUGAUUUUAUGGAUUUGAUACUAGAGUUGCGUCAACAGGGAGACAUCAAAACAGUGCGUCGCAGUGACGAAAAAGAGUUACAAUUAAAUUUCAAUCAAGAUGUGAUCGCUGCGCAGGCGUUUGUAUUUUACGUGGCGGGCUAUGAGACCUCUGCGACGACUUUAACAUUUAUGUUGUACGAGUUGGCUAAGAAUAAACAUAUACAAGAAAAGGUACUGGAAGAAAUAGACGAGGUUCUGAAGAGAUUUGAUGGAAAAGUCACUUACGAUUGCAUUAGCGAAUUAAAAUAUCUAGACAAGGUCUUUGACGAGACCCUCCGACUUCAUCCUGUGGGUAGUUCGUUGCAGAGAAGAGCAGAAAGUGAUUACAAAUUCCCUGGCACUGAUGUCAAAAUUAAAAAAGGGCAAAUUUGUUACAUGUCGAUUCGGGGUAUUCAUCGUGAUCCGAAAUACUAUCCUGAUCCUUAUAAGUUUGAUCCAGAAAGAUUUAGUCCCGAAAAUGUGGGUAAAAGACAUCCAUGUGCUUAUAUGCCUUUUGGCCUAGGAUCAAGGAACUGCAUUGGCAUGCGAUUCGCAAAGGUUCAGAGCCGUAUUUGUGCUGCAACUUUACUCAGUAAAUACCGAGUGGAGACUACAGAGAGGACCUGGAACAACAUGAAGUUAGAUCCCAAGAGAGUUGUCUCCACCCCCGUUGGCGGCAUGUUUUUGAAGCUGGUACCUAGACGUUGAUGAAGCCAUAAUAGCACGACCUCAAUAAGAAUAAUAUAAGACAAUAAAUAGCCAUCUCAUUAGAAACUGUACUAUAGCUGUCAAAUAAUGUUCGAUUGAGAUUUAUUCUGAUGAAACCGUUUGGUGUCACAACCAUCCGUAAACUGUUAUUGUAUGAAUUGUACAACAAAGCUUUCAUAUGAAAUUAAUCUUAACCAUCACAUUCAUAGUACUAUAUUAUUCUUAUAGUCUUUUAUUAUUCCUCGAGCGUCGAGAAUAAAGAUGUGUCUCUAACUUUGAAGCUAACCAGACGGAUAGAGAAAAUAA